CCCAGGCCAAAGUUAUAGCUGUUGGUGUUGCGCCCUGGGGAUUGAUUUACCAACGUCAGCAACUCGUAAACCCACAGGGUAGUUUCCCAGCGCGGUACUAUGUGCACAACAUGCCCCAUGAAUGCAGCUGCCUGGACAACAACCACCAGGCCUUCCUCUUGGUGGAUGGUGGGAGUGUAGGACACAGAGGUAGUGAAACAAUGUUCAGAGCCAACCUGGAGGACUUCAUAUCCCAUCAGCGCACUGGCAUCUGGGGUAGUGGAAGCAUUGAGAUUCCUGUUUUGUGUGUGCUGAUCGCAGGAGAUGCUGCAAUGCUAGAGAGAGUGGAUUUAUCUCUGAAAAACACCACUCCAUGGUUGGUGCUGGCAGGCUCGGGUCCAGCGGCAGACCUGAUAGCAGCAAUACUGAAGGAUCUCAACAUACCUCUGAGUCCACCAGUGAGUCCCACUUUACCGACCGCUGCCGAGGAAAGCAGGAAAAGUGCCAGUGUUGAGCUAAGGGACCAAGUGAGAGAGAAAAUGAAGAAACACUUCCCUUCUGUAACUGAACUGGAGAAGCUUGUGGAUCAGGCACUCAGUAUCUAUCACAACCGAGAUCUGAUCACUGUGUUUCAUGGAGACCAGGAAGGGCGAGAUGAUUUUGACAGAAUCAUCCUUAGAGCUCUCGUAAGAGCUGCUAAACGGGAUGCUAAUGAUCCUAGCGAGUACACUGAAGAGCUGAAACUGGCAGUGGCCUGGGACAGAGUGGAUAUUGCCAAGAGUGAACUCUUUAAUGGUGGCAUCCAGUGGAGGUAUGAAGACCUGGAGGAAUCAAUGACUGAUGCGCUGGUGAACGACAAGCCCCAUUUUGUGCGUCUGUUUGUGGAAAACGGCUUAAAUAUUCUGGAUUAUUUGACGUAUCAUCGUUUAGAGAGUCUUUACAGCUCACUGUCAGACUGCAAUCUGGUGUCCUCAUUCCUCCAGAGGAGGCUGCAGGAGCGAGUGGGCUUAGUUGGCUCUCAGACCCGCUUAGCUUUACCUGAUGAGAAUUACUCUUUCAAGAGCCACGCCACCACCCUCACCACCCCGUCUGCUGCCCGAGACCUCACCCUGUAUGAGGUUUCACGGGUGUUAUCAGAAAUCAUGGAAGAUGUCUGCCAGCCAUUUUACUACACUCCUCUUGGAGUAGAACAGGGAUGGGCCUCAAGGAAAGCAAUGAAGCAUGUGAAUAAGUUGCUGCGAACUGAGAGUGUGUACCGGAAACAGCGCUGUAUGUCUCCCUGGAUAGCUCUGUUCAUUUGGGCUGUUCUUCAGAAUCGCAGAGAAAUGUCUAUCUACUUCUGGGAAAUGGCGGGGGAGUCGGUGCUAAGUGCUCUUGCUGGGUGUAAGAUAUUAAGAGAGCUCGCCAAGUUGGAGACAGAGACUGAGACCAAGCUUUCCAUGAAAGAACUUGCUCAAACCUUUGAGAAUCUGGCACAUGAUGUGUUCAGUGAGUGUUACCAGAGCAAUGAGAGCCGCUCUUUCAAGCUUCUCAUCAGACAGUCACCUGUAUGGGGUAGCGCCACCUGUCUGCAGAUGGCCACCGCAGCUGACGCCCGCCUCUUCUUCAGCCAUGAUGGAGUGCAGACUUUACUGUCAGAGAUUUGGUGGGGGGACAUGGACAGCAAUACAGAAGUGUGGAAACUAGUCCUCUCAUUUUUCCUGCCUCCCUUGAUCUACACCAACCUCAUCAGUUUCAAGGAGCAGGAGAAGGACGAAAAUCCAGAGGAAUUUCAUCAGGGUAAAGAAUUAGACAGCGUCGAAGGAGCCGAGUCGUUGGCUGAUGUUAUAAACACGGAGGACGACGUGGAGGAAUGUAAAGCUUUAAGAGGAAAACCGGAAGCAUCAAAGGCGAUCACUCUAAAACGGCCUUUUUUAUUGCACCGAUGGCGGCAGUUCUGGUUUGCACCGGUCACUUCGUUUCUAGGCAACGUUUUGAUGUACUUCCUCUUCCUUCUCUUGUUUGCUUACAUCCUAUUGGUUGACUUCAAGCCCCCGCCUCCCGACGGACCUGCCCCCUCAGAGCUUGUGUUGUAUUUCUGGGUUUUUACUCUGGUCUGUGAGGAGAUUCGACAGACGUUUUUUGUAGGAUCUACCACUGUACUUCAAAGGAUGAAGUUGUACAUCCAAGACAUCUGGAACAAGUGUGACAUCACGGCCCUCGCGCUCUUCAUUCUUGGGCUUAUCUGCAGGAUGUUUCCAUGGACGUAUCAUUUCGGUCGUGCGGUACUGUGUGUCGACUAUGUGGUCUUCACGCUCAGACUCAUUCAUAUAUUUGCAGUUCACAAACAACUUGGUCCCAAAAUAAUAAUAGUUGGGAAAAUGGUGAAAGAUGUGUUUUUCUUCCUGUUCUUUCUGGGGGUGUGGCUAAUGGCAUAUGGAGUAGCCAAUCAGGCACUGCUGUACUCCUAUGACUCUCGUCCUGGUUGGAUAAUUCGGCGCGUGUUCUACAGGCCAUACAUGCACAUAUAUGGGCAGAUACCACUGGAUGAAAUUGAUGCUGACAAGCGACAGGAGAGAGAGUGUACAGAUAAUGUCACGCUCAUCCAUCAGGGGGCGGAGCCAUGCCCACAGUCUGAUGCUAACUGGCUGGUUCUUAUUCUGCUGUCAGUCUACUUGUUGGUCACCAAUAUUCUGUUGGUGAACUUGCUCAUUGCAAUGUUCAGUUACACAUUCAAUAAAGUCCAGGAGCACAGUGAUGUACACUGGAAGUUCCAGCGCUACAACCUGAUCGUGGAGUACCACUCGCGCCCCUGCCUCUCCCCGCCCUUCAUCAUCAUCUCCCACCUCCAUAUCUUCUUCAAAAGAGUCAUUCAGAGAUUGCCCUCCAAUAAGAGCCAACACUUUAUGUUGGACCUGAAAAGCAAAGAGGCCAGUUUGCUAAACACAUGGGAGUCGACACUGAAGGAGAACCUGCUUUCCACACAAGGAAAGAAACAACGAGAGAGUGACACGGAGCGGCUCAAACGCACCUCCACAAAGGUGGACAGCGUCCUGAAGCAGAUGUCGGAGAUUUGCGAUCACGAUCGCAGGUUGAGAAAACUGGAGUCGGAGGUGGAGUACUGCUCUACUGCCCUCUCUUGGAUAGUGGAGGCGCUGUCUCAGAGCGAUUUUGUAAAGCAGACAUGUCCACCUCCUCUUCCUUCCAAAGUCUUCACCAGUGGCCAUCUGUAAUGACCCUGUCCCCUUUUGAGUAGCAUUUGAUUCCUAGGUUGGCAUGGUCUUAGUCUCCUACAAGCCUUACAUGGCAAGAGCUGCGGUCGAUGAGGAUCAGGUUUUCAUCUUCAGUAAGUGUGGAGUGAGAGUAGGGGGGGACUUGACUCU